GGGACUCUUUGGGAGCGCGUCGUGCCGGAGCGCGCUCGGCUAGCGGGGGCCGCGGAGGCUGCGCCAGGUGGGCCGCGCGUUCUGCGCCUGGCCGGUGCCUGCCCUCCUGCCUUCCGCCCUCUCCAGGAGUUAACCGCGAUGAAGAGCUUCUCACAGUGAAAGGAAAUAGGUCGCGUCUACUGAAAAUGCCUUUAAGGGACAAAUACUGUCAAACUGACCACCAUCAUCACGGAUGCUGUGAACCAGUUUUUAUCCUGGAGCCUGGAGAUCCUCCUUUGUUACAGCAACCACUGCAGACAUCCAAAUCUGGCAUUCAACAAAUAAUUGAGUGCUUUCGAUCAGGAACCAAACAACUUAAACAUAUUUUAUUAAAAGAUGUGGACACUAUUUUUGAAUGUAAAUUAUGCCGUAGUCUCUUUAGAGGAUUACCAAAUUUAAUUACCCAUAAGAAAUUUUACUGCCCACCAAGUCUUCAGAUGGAUGACAACCUUCCUGAUGUAAAUGAUAAACAAAGCCAAGCCAUAAAUGAUCUCCUAGAAGCCAUAUAUCCAAGAGUAGACAAGAGAGAAUAUAUUAUUAAGCUAGAGCCCAUAGAAACUAAUCAGAAUGCAGUAUUUCAAUAUAUUUCAAGGACUGAUAAUCCUACUGAAGUCACAGAGUCAAGCAGUACUCCUGAACAAACUGAAGUUCAAAUACAGGAAACUAAUACAGAACAGCCCAAAACAGUCCCAGAUACAGAUGCAGAGGUGGAAACUGUGGAAACUCCUCCCGUAGAGGUUGUCGCAGAGGAACUUGUACCUACUGCAACUGACGAACAGCCUCAGGAACCACAGGCUGACUCAGAAACGUCUGACAGUUCUGAUUUUGGUCACCAAUUGAUAUGCUGUCUUUGUCGAAAAGAGUUCAAUUCUAGACGAGGUGUUCGUCGUCACAUUCGAAAAGUACACAAGAAAAAGAUGGAAGAACUGAAAAAGUAUAUUGAAACACGGAAGACUACAAACCAGUCCUCUAAAGGGCACAGUAAGAAUGUUCUAGUUUCAUUAAGUAGGAGUUGUCCAGUUUGUUGUAAAUCAUUUGCUACAAAAGCGAAUGUAAGGAGGCAUUUUGAUGAAGUUCAUAGAGGACUAAGGAGGGAUUCAAUUACUCCUGAUAUAGCAACAAAGCCUGGGCAACCUUUGUUCCUGGAUUCUGUUUCUCCUAAAAAAUCUUUUAAGACUCGAAAACAAAAGUCGUCUUCAAAGGCUGAAUACAAUUUAACUGCAUGCAAAUGCCUUCUUUGCAAGAGGAAAUAUAGUUCACAAAUAAUGCUUAAAAGACAUAUGCAAAUUGUCCACAAGAUAACUCUUUCUGGAACAAACUCUAAAAGAGAGAAAGGCCCUAAUAAUACUGCCAACAGUUCAGACAUAAAAGUUAUAGUUGAACCAGCAGAUUCAGUAGAAUCUUCACCCCCUUCCAUUACCCAUUCUCCACAGAAUGAAUUAAAGGGAACAAAUCAUUCAAAUGAAAAAAAGAACACACCGGCAGCACAGAAAAAUAAAGUUAAACAGGACUCUGAAAGCCCUAAAUCAACUAGUCCGUCAGCUGCAGGUGGCCAGCAAAAACCCAGGAAACCAAAACUUUCAGCUGGCUUUGACUUUAAGCAACUUUACUGUAAACUUUGUAAACGUCAGUUUACUUCCAAACAGAACUUGACUAAACACAUUGAGUUGCACACAGAUGGAAAUAACAUUUAUGUUAAAUUCUACAAGUGUCCUCUUUGCACUUAUGAAACUCGUCGGAAACGUGAUGUGAUACGACAUAUAACUGUGGUUCAUAAAAAGUCAUCUCGCUAUCUUGGGAAAAUAACAGCCAGCUUAGAGAUCAGAGCUAUAAAAAAGCCUAUUGAUUUUGUUCUAAAUAAAGUGGCAAAAAGAGGUCCUUCAAGAGACGAAGCAAAACCUAACGAUUCGAAACAUGAUGGCACUUCUAAUUCUCCUAGUAAAAAGUAUGAGGUAGCUGACGUCGGUAUUGAAGUAAAAGUCACAAAAAACUUUUCUCUUCACAGAUGUAAUAAAUGUGGAAAGGCAUUUGCCAAAAAGACUUAUCUUGAACACCAUAAGAAAACUCAUAAGGCAAAUGCUUCCAAUUCACCUGAAGGAAACAAAACCAAAGGCCGAAGUACAAGAUCUAAGGCUCUUGUCUGCCUGGCGAAGCCGUCGCCCCGCAGCGCCGCCCUCCUGCGCCCGCCCGCUGGCCCACUCAGCACGCGCCAGGCCGCCGCCAGCUGCCGCGCCAAACUCCGUGGGGCCGCCAGGGAGCGCCAGCACGCGGCGCGCGGCCUCGGCAAACCGGCUGACCCAUAGCUGCCCGCCGAGCCGCCCCGGCCUGCAGAGCCCGCGCCCUCGCCCGCCAGCGCCUCGCAGUCCCAGCGCUCUUGCAGAACCCUCUCCAGGCCCCGCAGCCCGGCCAGCCAUUGCCACUAGCAGCGCGUCUCUCCACCCCACCUGCCCGGACCCCGGCUUCUUGGAGAAUCUCAUCACUGGACACCACUCCUUUGCAGUAUUUCUUGUAUAGACUUCCUGUCCCCAGGCUGAUUUAUUUUUAUCAUUGGUUCUUCAACGAUAGCCCCUUCUUCAGCUUUAACUGUCCACAUUCUCUGUGACUGUAGGGUAGAUUGACGGAGUCCAGAGUUGUAGCGUGCACAGCUGCAGCUGAACUCGAACUUAAACAUCCAGCCCUCUCCUUCCUGUAGCUCCAUCUCCAAUAACUAUUUCUAGACUUUGCCAGCUGUUCCUGUUAGAAACCGGAACCCCUGGUAUCUUGUCCAUGGUGGUCAUAGGAAUUCGCCUCUCAAAUCUGCUUCAGGGAGGCCUGAUAGAGGGCCAGGGGCUCUGCCACUGGGUUUGCAUUUGAUCCUGCUUCGCCUGGGCUGUUUCCAGCGACUGGUCAUAGCCAAGGUAUUGAUGAUGGCCCAUUCAUGUAAGAUACUUUCCUAAAAUGAGCAAUGUUAGCUUGGGGAUCCCUCAACAAACACCUGACUGAAGCUUUCUCAGAUCUACUCAGUUCAGCCUGCACCUCUUUUGCUCAGUCCUUUCAAAGACAAACUCACCCUGUGAUGUGAAAGCUCUUCUUUCUUCUCUUUGUUCCCUUUAUCUCUCUCAGGUGUCCCCCUCAAUACACCUCUUGCCCAGCAAGCCUUGUCCUGGCUUCUGCUUCUAGGACCUGAACUAAUACAUGUCAGACAUUCCACUUUCUGUUCCUUACCUCUCUAUCUGAGUUAUUUGUUCACAGACAGCCAGUUCAUUAACCUCAGUUUUUCCACUGUUGAUCAGCUCUUGUCUUAGUCUUUGUCUAGCCUGGAUUCCAUGGCCCAUUACCACAGUCACUCUCCCUGAAAUUCAGCUCUCUCAGCACUCUUGAACCUUGGUUUCUUCCAAGUUAUUUUCCUAGCAAAGCAUCCAACCCUGAAUACACUUACCAGCUCUCUUGUACCGGCCUGACUAGAACAACCGAACAUUGUCUUUCAGAAAAAUCACAGAAUCCAGCCACCUAGUUUGACUAAUCAAUACAUUAUUGCGAAUCUUGAAUUGGGGGUUUCUAUGGGAGACAAAAUUUUUCCUUUAAGAACUACUGUUUAUUUGCUUUUAUCUCCUUAGAAGGCUCCGAUCCCCUCCCCCCUGUUUAUUUCAUGUUUCCUUGAGAAACAGAAGUGAUUAUAUACAACUUCCUCAUCUUCCCACUACAAAAGACUGCCAAGUCAGUGUGGGAAUGUUCUUCCAUUUUGUGACUGUGAAGGAAGCUCCCGGGGCCAGCCCCUCCUCUCAGUGCUAUGCAUUUUACUCCCUCUUGCCAUGAAUUUGGUUUAUCCUCUACCUCUCCUCCCCACCAUCAUUUCCCCUUCCCCUCAGGAGAUUGUUCCCAUUAGCCUACAAGCAUAUUCCAGUGUCCGUCUGUAGCCAUUUCUCAGCUCUCUCUUAUAGCCACACUUUUUUUUUUUAUGACAUUGCUUUUAAAUAUUGUCUGUAUUUUCUAAACUCUAUUUUUUGGCCCGCAAGGGCAUGACUUCCCCAGUACCAUCACUGACAGUGCCCCGUUAAGGUUGCCAGGCACUUCCAUAUUAUGUAAUCCAAAAGUAUUCUUCCCUGGCUAGUCUUGGUUGUUUAAAUAUCUUCCUAUCUAAGUCGGUAUUCUUUCGUAGCUUUCUUUCUGCAUCUCUAAUCACUCUGCAGUUUUGCAUUCCAUUUUCUGCCUCAUUUUGGAAGUUUCUUGCCCUAUCCUGAUCCCUCUUUUCUUUCUGCAAUCUUUCCUAGGUAUUUUACCAAUUUCAUAUAUUAAAGAAUCAAUGUUAUGCUUAACUGGCUUUCCCCCCUUCCCCCCUCCCCUCCCUUUUCUCUUUCCUUCUCUUCUCCUUCUCCACCUCUUCUUCCUCCUCCUCCUCCUCCUCCUUCUCCUCCUUUUUAAGUGUUUACAGUGCUGGGAAUUGAACCUACAGCCUCAUAUGCAUUGCUCAAGUGCACUACCACCAACUUAUAUUACCAGUCCAUAAACCGACUUUCUAAAUUUAUGUUUCUCACCUAGACCAUUCCUCUAAGUUUCAGUUUUACAUGACUGAUUGCUUAAUUUUGUCCUUUGGUUCACUUGGGUCUUUGAGAAACUGAACGUUUUCAAAAUCGAAUGCUUUAUUUUUACCCCACACCUCAUCUGCCCUAUUGUAAUAAAUGGCAUUCGACCAGUUUUUCCAGUCAGAAACACGGGAGCCAACUUUGCUGCUUUUUAUGACUUGUUUCUUUCAGAAAGUGUACCAACUUCCAAUUUAUUAGUUUUAUCACUCAAAUAUGUUAUUUUGAGACAAGAUCUCUCUCUCUACCUCUGGCUGGCCCAGAACUCACUAUGUAGAGUAGGUUGGCUUCAGAUUUGUGGCACUCUUCCUGCUUUUCUUCCUAAGCACUGGAAUUAGAAGUGUGCCCCACCAUGCCUGGCUCACACCUGUCUUUAAUCUGUUUCCUCCCAAAUUAAAUACUGUCACUUAGGCCUGUCCAAGUUUUUUCUCACUUUACUCUUGUGAUCAGCCCUUCCUGAUUGAUGUCUCUACUACCAUUCUUGACCUACUUCCAUACAUUUUUGAUAAUCUGGUGAUAGUGACCUUCCUCAUAAAUUAAGUCAACUGUUGCUGAUAGAAUAAAAUCUAAAUGUUUACUCUGGCUCGUGAAGCCUAGCCCUCCGACUCUUGUCCAUUUCUCCAUCCUCUUCCAUGCCCCUCCCUAUUGUUCACCAUAAUGUGGCCAUACAGCUUCCACCAACAUACCAAGCAAGAUCUGUUCUGUACCUCAGGGGUAGUAACUAGGCUGCAAUUUCUAAGCUGCUUUCAUGGCCACCCUCCCCUCCACCGCAGUAUCUUUAGAUAGGUGCUUGGAUAUACAAAGUUUUGAGCAACACCUACCCAGAGCACCAAAUUGAAGUAGUUGUGGCCUCCCUCUCAUUCUCUCAGUCCUUAUUUGUAACCUUAUUUAUUGUUUUAUUCUAUUUUUUUCUAUUGUCCACACUGGAAUGUAUGAAGGAAGAGACUGUGUGGAUGUCGAGAUUCUUCAACACUGCAUUCUCUGCCCAUAGCACAGUAUUUGGUGUAUAUUAGGUGCACAAUAAAUAUCUGUUGAAGGAAUAAAUGAAUACAUAUGCUAAUUUUUCUGUUUGGGGUUUACUUUUUAUUGAUUAGUAAGAGCUGUCUAUAUAUGAAAACCACUAACCAUUUGUUUAUUCUGUAUGCUGCAGACAUUUUGCCCCUUUUCAGAUAUAUUCCAGUUUAACUCAUGAUGUCUAUGAUAUACAGGAACGUUGUAUUUUUCACUUCAGUAAAUAUCUCUUAUGAAUUCUGCAUUUGGUGAUAUGUUUUAGAAGAUCUCCAUGUUAAUUUUACAUACAUAUCUGUUGUUUCCUUUUAUUUUCAUUUUUUAGAUUUAAAUAUUGACUCCAAAUUGAGCUUAUUUUUGAUAUAGGAGGUGAUUAAGGACCUAAAUAUUUAUUUAGUUGUUGCACCAUCAUUUAUUGAAAACUCCCUUUUGUACUGUUUGAAUGUUGUACAUUUAUAAAACAUUAAAUUCUUACACUUGGAGUGGUUCCUAGGGUUAUUGCUUGUUGGUUUUCUUCCAGUACCUCCUGUUCCCGAGCCCUGUUAUUUUAACCAUUGCCAUAUUAUUGCUUGCUGUACUGUGUGUUUACAGUGAGGUAAAUGUUACUCUUACUUUUAAAAAUGUUUUUGACUACAUUUUGGUGUUUAUGCUUCCAGAUAUGCUUUAGUUAUAUUUUGGUAAAGUCCAAAAGAAAGUCUACUGUCAUUUCGUUUAGUUACUUUAAGAUUAUAGAUGAAUUUGGAAGUGGUUGUUAAUGUCAUAUGAUUGUUUCCUAUUCAUGAACCUGUAAUGUGUCAAGGUGACUGAAGACUAACUUUUUCUGUGCUGCAUGAAAAUUUCUUACUAGUUCUAUUGUUAGAUAUUUUAUGUCUUUGUUGCUAUUUGACUGUGAUUCUUUUUCCACUUUUUAAACUUUUGUAAACAGUUGUUCCGUGUAGGGUGAAGCGAUUGAUUUUGUAUUUCACAACUUCUUUGAGCUCGCAGUAAUUCUUGUGACUCUCCUAAAUAACCAGUGUGUUAAGCAUAAUUAAUGAUGAUUUUGUGCUUUCUCUUAUAAUAUUUAUACCUCACUAAAUAAAUGAUGGUAAUAAUUUUGCUCUUAUCCUGACUUUUUAGGAAUGCCAUCAGUAUUUUGCCAGUUUUUAAUGUUGAUCUUGAACUGAACUAUAGGCAAAGUCUUUUUCUGGUUCAAAUAUAGCAAAUGUUUUAUUAGAAGUUCUUUUUGACUUCUAUUAAACAGGCAACUAGAGAUACCACAUGAUUUUGCUCUUGUGGCUUAUUACCACAAUAGAUUAACAGCUUUCCUAAUAUUGGGUUAUUUUUGCAUAAGAUGCAUUCUGUAAUCAUGCUGAGCUUUUCCACCUCUUAAGUAUGAUAAUGUUGAACUCAACUCCUCACACUUAAUUGGGAUUAUUCCUUUUGUAUUCAUGAAAAAUGUUAGAUUACAAUCUUAUAUUUUUGUAUUCUACUUUCCUAGCUUCAAAAAAUGAAUUUUCUAUAUUGUUUUAUGCUAUAAAUUAGUACAUGCUGUAGGAAUCGUCUAUUCUUGAAUGGCUUUAAGGAACUCACCCAUAACACUGUUUAUAAGAUCUUAUAAACACGGUUUAUAAGAUAAAAGAUAUAAGAUAGUUGUCUGAAAAAUUUGAAAAUGUCUAUCGUUUGGCCUAGACAGGUAACCAUACUUCUUGAAUAUCAACUUUAAAAUUAUAUUUUUAAAGAAAGUCAUGCAUUUUCAUAGAAUUUUAGAUUUGUUAGAUUUCUACACAUAUUUAUCUUAUAAUUAAAAUAUUUUUCUCUGCAUUUGUGGUUGUAGCUCCUUUCUUAAGUCUAAACAUUUUAGUUUUUAGUUUUAUUUUUCCUUUUAUUAUACUUCCUAGUCUUUUUUUAAGGAACCAGCACUUAGAUAUUUUAUGAAUUCUGCUUUUCCUGUUGUAAAUAUCAAUAAAACUACUCAUCUAAUUCCUCAUUUUUCAUUGUUGCUUUAUGAAUGUUUCUUUGUAAUUGAUGACUUAGUUCAUUUACUUUUAUUUCUUAUUUAAUAAUAGGACACAUAAGACUAUAAAUUUACCUCUGGGCACAGCUUUGACUGUAUCUCAAAACGUUUUGGUAUGUAGCUUCUUAAUGUUAUAGUUGCUGUCUCUAUUUCAUUUUUAACUGGUGUAAUUUACGAUAGUGUUGUAAGUUCUGUUAAUUCUGCUUUCUUUAAUAAAUAGUUUAUUAAUAUUUAUGUUGCUAUUUUAAUAAAGA